GCGAGGGGGCGUGUCGGGGGCCGCCGUGAUAACAGCGGGGGCCGCGUCGGGGCCGCGGGAGCAGACGGCGUGGGCGAAGGGCAUGAGCCAGGCCCCCCAGUCCUUGGCACCCUGAGGCAGCAGCAUGGGGUCCGGGGACCCCCGGAACCUCCUCCACACCCUCUGCAUCCUCUGGGUGCUGGCCGGGCGCCUGCCCCCCGGCACUGCCCAGUGGUUUUACCCCCUGGGCUCCGAGGACACCACCCCGGUGCCAGGCACCAGCCCCACGGCCCCCACGCUGCCCACCCUGGACGGGGAGGAAGAUGGAGACGUUGGCGAGGUGGAGCCCACCAGGAAGGUGCUGCUGAGCAAACCCCCGCUGCCGGCGGGCUCCAGGAGACGGGAGCCCCCCUCCAGGGGCGCAGCCAAGGGCCCGGGCCAUGCCCCAUCGCGUGCACGAGCCCAGCACAACCGCCCCACGGCCGCCCCGCAGAUCUUCGAGGGGAGCGCGGAGGAAGAGGAGUUCCUGCAGAUCAAGAGCACAGCGAAGGGACUGCCCCCGCAGGUGCCCCCGGCCCCCAAAAUGGACACAGCUCUCCAGAUUCACAACGGCUCCAGCUGCGUCUGCCCCGUGCGCCCCGGCCCUCCCGGCCCGAAGGGAGAGAAAGGUGACCGGGGGUCCCCAGGAGACAGAGGCCAGCCGGGGCUUUCUGGGGAGAGAGGGAAGACGGGCAGCCCAGGGCAGCCAGGUCACCAGGGGCCCCGGGGCCCCCCUGGUCCUCCGGGACCACCGGGGCCACCGGGACCACCAGGUGCUUGGGGAGCCAGGAGCCCUCCUGCCUCCGCUGCCCUCCCCAAGGGAUCAGAGAACGAGCUGGGAGCAUCCAGCCCCGCGGGGAACCCAGGACCCCCAGGACCCCCGGGGCUGCCCGGCCCACCGGGCCCCCCCGGCUACCCAGGACACGAAGGCUCCCCAGGGGUCCCAGGGCGGGAGGGGCAGCCGGGUCCCCCCGGUCCUCCGGGGGCUGUGGGACCACCAGGAUUUCCAGGGGCCGAAGGAGCUCCGGGGUCCCCAGGCUCAGCUGGGCCCGAUGGACCCCCGGGGGCACCGGGACUCCCAGGCCCACAAGGCCCCCCCGGGGUCCCCGGUCACGAGGGACCCCCCGGCUCCCCAGGACCCGCGGCGCUCCCUGGCAAACCAGGGCUCCGAGGGGAGCCAGGAUUCCCCGGAUUAAAGGGCGAGAAGGGCGAGCAUGGGCUGCCGGGCAUGCCGGGGAGCCCCGGUCGGACCGGGGAGACGGGCUCCCCGGGCAUGCCCGGUCCCAUGGGGCCACCAGGACCACCGGGGGACUACAGGUGCGAGUCGCGGCACGCAGGGCACCACGGAUCCGCCGGGCCGCCGGGCCCCAAGGGUGAAAAGGGAGACCCAGGAGAGCGGGGGUGCUGCUACGGCGAACACGGGUGCAAACCGGGCCACCUCCCCUUCCCCGGCACCGGCAGCCAGUCCAGCUCCUGGGUGCCCAUCAGUGGGUACCAAACGCACAGCAAAGAGGAGACGGAGGUUUAUGGAGCAAUCAUCCCCCACGGUCCUCGAGGUCCCCCUGGGAACCCCGGCCCCCCUGGCCCACCCGGCCCCCCAGGAGCCCCGGGUCUCCUCUACCUCAACAGGGUGUACCCCGUCCGCGCCCCACCACCCUGCAAGGAGCCGGCAGCGGCCGACGCAGGCUGGGCAGCAGAUGCUGACGCCUCUCGGACGGAGCCGCCGGAGCCCCGUGCUGACCUGCGGCGCCAGACGUGGGUCUUCAGGUCCAAGGAGCUGAUGCUGAAGUCGGGCAGCGCCGUCCCCGAAGGGAGCCUGGUCUACGUGCGAGAAGGGAGCAGCGCCUUCCUGCGCACCCCCAGGGGCUGGAGCAGGCUCCUGCUGGAGGACUCGGAGUCGCUCUUUGCCGGUGACGACCCCUCUGCCUCCACGCCGCAGUACCAGGAGGCGAAGCGGGCACAGACACGGGGUCCCAACACGGAGCCCCCCGCGGGAGCCCAGACAGACUCGCUGGUCCCAAAGGAGGAGGGACCGGGGCUGCCCAGGAUCCUGCCCACAACCGUCGCCCCCAGGAUGCCUUCUCUCCGCCUGGUGGCCCUGAACGUGCCCCUGUCCGGGGACAUGAGCGGCAUCCGUGGCGCCGACCUGCAGUGCUACCGGCAGUCGCAGGAGGCUCGGCUCUACGGCACUUUCCGGGCUUUCCUCUCAGCCCCCACGCAGGACCUGGCCUCCAUCGUCAAGAGGACGGACAGGGCCCUCCCCGUGGUCAACCUGAAGGGCCAGCUGCUGGCCAGGUCCUGGAGCUCCCUCUUUGAGGGCCCGGCCGGAGCGGCCCCCCGGGGCCCCAUCUACAGCUUCAACGGCCGCAACGUCCUGAGCGAUGCCCUCUGGCCCCGCAGGCUGGCAUGGCACGGAUCCACGGCCCGGGGCAGCCAAGCCCGCAAGCGGGACUGCCAGGGAUGGCGAAGCUCCGGCCCCGGGGAGGGCUUGGCGGCCCCGCUGGGCGAGGGCAAGUUGCUGGCGGGGCAGCGGCACAACUGCUCCGAGGAGCUGGUGGUGCUGUGCGUGGAGGUGGCCUUCCCCUACCGCCACAUGUGGUGACGGCCACGCGGUGGUGGCAGCGCCCCGGGGAGAGAACCGCAGCGUCGGGGCUGUGUGAGGAGUGGGAGGACGUCGUCCCCAUGCCAGGCACUGGGAGCACUGGGAGGAUGUCGUCGUCCUCAUCCCGGGCACUGGGAGCACUGGGAGGACAUCGUCGUCCCCAUCCCGGGCUGUGCUUGGCCCCCAGGCUGUGCUCGGCCACCUCCAUUACCUCGAGUGAUGCUAAUGCUGCGUCUUCCCCAGAAAUAAAGAUGUGGAGAAGUUGGUGUUUUGGA